AUGCCUUCUAAUAAUGGUAUCAUAUUUAAAGCAAUUCCCGAUGGUUAUCCGGUGAUAGGUGAACAUAUUGAACUUGUCACUAGAGAAAUUGAUAUUGAAAAUUUUCCACUCGCCGACGGUGAUAUUCUUGUAAAAAAUCAAUAUUUAUCGUUAGACCCAUAUAUGCGUGGCAGGAUGAGAAAUCCUCAAAUAAAAUCUUACGUGAAAUCAUACGAGAUUGGUAAAGCUCUAGAAGGACAUGUUCCUAAAAGCUAUUUUAUUGGAUUACUUGGUAUGCCCGGAUUUACUGCUUAUAUUGGUCUUAAUAAAAUUGGAAAACCGAAGGAAGGCGAAACUAUUUUUAUUUCAGCUGCAUCAGGAGCAGUUGGACAGGUAGUAGGACAAAUUGCAAAGAUUAAAGGAUUACGAGUGAUUGGUUCUGCUGGUAGUGAUUCCAAAAUUAAAUAUCUUGAUGAAUUAAAUUUUGAUGGUGCAUUUAAUUAUAAAACCCGUAAUAUUGACGAGGAAUUGACAAAGUUAUGUCCAAAUGGGAUUGAUAUUUAUUUUGAUAAUGUUGGUGGCGAAACUCUUGAUAUUGUUCUCAGUCAUCUAAACGACAAUGCUCGCGUAGUAGCAUGCGGAAUGAUCUCUCGAUAUAAUGACAAUAAUCCUCAUGUAUUUAAAAACUUAAUGUAUAUUGUUACAAAACGCAUUUUAAUUCAAGGUUUUAUCGUACUUGAUCAUUAUCAAGAAGUGGAUUCUUUUCAAAAAGAAAUGCGUGAAUGGUUAAAACAAGAUAAAAUAAAGUAUAAAGAAGAUAUAGUUGAAGGAAUUCAAAAUGCUCCUGAGGCAUUUUUAAAUUUAUUAACCGGUAAAAAUUUUGGAAAGGUUAUUGUUAAGAUUUGUUAA